AUGGCGAAAGCAGACGGCGGCAAAGGAGCUGGAGAGUGGGAGGUUUGGGCCGAAGGUGAUGAGGAGGAGAGAGCGGGAACCAAAAAAGAGACGGAGGAGGAGGCGGGGCAGGAAGCAAGACCAGAAGGCUCUUCGGGAUCCUCAGCUUGGCUGAUGCUGUGCCUCACGACAGUGGUCAGCGGCGCCGAUCUGGAGGAGAAGGAUGCCCUUUGUCACCCGCACGGGUGUUUGGCUGUCUUCACUCAGCAGAGAACCUUCCGGGAGGCGGGGCGCAGCUGCCGGGAGCGCGGCGGCACAUUGGCGACGCUUCACGACCGGCAGGCCGCUGACGCCGUACACCGGCUACUGGCGGGGGCUGAACCGCACAGCACCCGGUUGCGUCUGCGCCUGUGGAUCGGACUGCACCGGGCACCUCGCCAGUGCUCUGCCGUGCGUCCGCUGCGAGGGUUCGUCUGGGUCACAGGGGACCAGGAGGGUCAAUUCACCAACUGGCUACGUGAGGAGGCCCCGGGUUCUUGCGCGGCACCACGCUGCGUGGCCAUGACAGUGAAUACAGCAGACAGCGCCCGCCAAAACACUGACAACUUCAAGUGGUUAGACGGUUCAUGCGGUCUGGCGCUGGAUGGCUUUGUGUGCCAGUACCCCUCCAAGGGCAUGUGCCCCCCUCUGGAGGACGAGGGUCAAGGGGCCGCCGUUUACUCCACGCCGUUCCAUCUGAACAGCCGUGUUCUGACCCACGUGCCUUACGGCUCUGUAGGCACCAUUGCUUGUCCGAGCCGGCCGACAGAUGCCGACGCCCCCAGUGAGCAGACGGUUCUGUGCACCGAGAGAGACGACGGAACGGUGGGCUGGUCCCAGGACGCGCCACUCUGCGGGGCCGACGUGGAGUCGGCCAACCAGGACUGGUGUAGCAAAGACCAUGGGUGCGAGCAGUACUGCCAGAACACGGACACGGACUACUAUUGCUACUGUUCCGAAGGAUAUGCGCUCGCCGAGGACGGCUACAACUGUGUGCCAGACCCCUUGGGGCCCACGGACCACCCUGAGCCCUGCCGGGCCAUGGGCUGUGAGCACGACUGUGUGGAGACAGCUCGGGGGGCCCGCUGCACCUGUCCUCCGGGGUACCAAAUGGGCCGGGACGGGCGUGGUUGUUCCGAUGUGGACGAGUGCCAGCAGCAGCCGUGCUCACAGGUGUGCGUCAACGUACCCGGAACUUUCCACUGCGCCUGUCACGCUGGUUACCAGCAGGACGACGAGGGCGAAUGCGUGGAUGUAGAUGAGUGCGAGGACGAGGCGACCUGCGAUGGCCCCUGCCAGAACACCGAGGGCUCCUUCACCUGCGCCUGUCGCUACGGUUAUCAGCUGUCGGACGCCGGCGCGUGCCAGGACGUGGAUGAGUGUGUAGGGGCAUCGCCCUGCCAGCAACAGUGUCUCAACUUCGAGGGCAGCUACCAGUGUUACUGCGACGACGGCUACGAGCUGCAGGGCGACGGACUGAGCUGUCUGCUGAUGCCGGCUGACGAAGAAUACUCGACUCUGACCCCUGACUCAACCGACCCGGCCCAAGUACCUGAAUUGGACCGCGAGAGCCAACGCACCGCUUGGCCCCACUUUGAUGUCCAAUUGCCAACAAAUGCCCCUAAAGCUCGGGGAUCUGAUGAACAUCUGAACCGAUGGGACGCCCCCUCGUCGAGGCGGUACAGAACAGAGCGAACGCCGGUGCAGAGGGACGAGGUUGGGAUCGACCCCGAGGCUGAGGGUCAAGAAGCCGAAGGCGAUCGCGACAAGAGCAAACAUGACAAGAGUUGGCUGCUGGUGGCGUUGUUGGUACCGCUUUGCGUGUUCCUGGUAGUGAUGUUGGCACUGGGCAUCGUCUACUGCACUAGCUGCGCCGUGGACAAAAACAUGCGGUUGUCUGAAUGCUGCCGAUGGAUCCUUCCCACGUCGAACACCAACGGCGCCGAGCCCAAAGGACAAGCGUGA